AUGGACUAUGAUCCUAUGGUUAUGGACGGGGAGCCUGAGCAGCCUCAGGUGAAGAUCUCUGCGGCCGACCACACGCACGUCGACUUUGAGCUCUCCAAGACCAACCUUGCGUUCGCCAACGCGCUGCGGCGCGUCAUCCAGGCAGAGGUGCCCACCAUCGCCAUUGACCUGGUCGAGAUCGAGAUUAACAGCUCCGUGCUGGCCGACGAGUUCAUCGCCCACCGCCUGGGCCUCAUCCCGCUCGACUCCAAGGGCGUGGGCGAGCUCAACAACUCGCGAGACUGCGACUGCGAGCAGUACUGCGAGCAGUGCAGCGUUACUCUUAACCUGCACGCCAAGUGUACCUCGGACGAGAUCAUGAAGGUGUAUGCCCGCGACCUUGUAGUUGACGGUAGGCACGCCAACUCGGUCGGCAGCCCCGUCAUCACCGACCCCGAGGGCUACGGAUGCCUGAUCGCCAAGCUGCGCAAGGAUCAAGAGCUCAAGAUCACCUGCAUCGCAAAGAAGGGUAUCGCAAAGGAACACGCUAAGUGGAUGCCUACCUCGGCCGUCGGAUUCGAGUACGAUCCUCACAACAAGCUGCACCAUCUCGACAUGUGGUUCGAGAAUGACACAGAUCCUGAAGUUGAAUGGCCCAAGAGCAAAUACGCACAGUGGGAAGACCCUCCACAAGAAGGCGAGCCCUUUGACUACGAUGCAGUCCCCAACCGGUUCUACUUUGAGGUGGAAACAUCAGGAAGCAUGGAGCCUGAUCAGAUCGUGCAGAGCGGUAUCCGAGUACUGCAGCAAAAGAUUGGCGGCCUCCUCAAGGGUCUUGACCCUAGGAAGUACGGAGGCGAUGAGGCCGAGUUCGACGGACCCCGGAGCCCUGAUAUGAACAUGGACGGAGGCACGACGCCCUGGCAAGACGGGGGCUACACCACACCGUACGGCGGCAACGCCACGGCCUACGGCGGGGGGAUGACGGCUUACGGGACGACACCUUAUGGACAGUCCUCGUGGCAGUGA